GGCCUGGGGUCCUCAAGCCGGACAAGAUGGCGGCGCUGAGGCUGUGGAGCCGUUUCCGGUGGCGGGGGCGGGGCCGCGGAGUGCGGGGUCUGUCAGGGAAAUAUGAGUAUGAUUUGUUGGUGAUUGGAGGUGGUUCUGGUGGCCUUGCCUGUUCUAAAGAAGCGGCCCAGUAUGGCAGAAAAGUAGCAGUGUUAGAUUUUGUGAAGCCAUCCCCUAAAGGCACUAGAUGGGGUCUUGGUGGAACUUGUGUCAAUGUGGGUUGUAUUCCCAAAAAGCUAAUGCACCAUGCAGCUGUGCUGGGGGGUGCCAUUAAAGAUGCCAAGAAUUAUGGCUGGGAUUUACCCUUACCCGGACACCAUGACUGGAAUACUAUGGCUCAAGCUGUUCAAAACCAUGUGAAAUCCUUAAACUGGGGACAUCUAGUGCAACUUCAAGAUAGGAAGGUGAAAUAUAUGAAUCUCAAAGGUGUUUUUCUAGACGAACAUACCAUCCAAGGGGAAUCCAAGCAAGGUGAAAAGACUAUUCUGACUGCUGAAAACAUUGUGAUCGCAACUGGAGGCAGGCCAAAAUAUCCCUUGGAUAUUCUCGGGGCUGAACUUGGCAUUUCCAGUGAUGAUAUUUUUUGGCUUCAAGAUUCACCUGGAAAAACGUUGGUUAUUGGUGCAAGCUAUGUGGCCUUGGAGUGUGCUGGAUUUUUAACUGGUGUUGGUUUGGACACUUCAAUCAUGGUGCGAAGCAUUCCUCUCCGUGGCUUUGACCAGCAAAUGGCUCACUUGGUGACAGACCACAUGGCAUCUUAUGGUACCAGGAUCUUUUGGAAAUGCAUUCCAGUCAAAAUUGAAAAACUGGAUAGUGGAAAACUGCAGGUUAUUUGGAAAAAUCUUGAGUUGAAUGUGGAAGAACGAGAAUCCUUUGACACCGUGAUGUGGGCGAUUGGUCGAGCACCUGAAACAGGAGACCUGUGUUUAGACAAAGCCGGAGUUCAGAUUCAUCCAGAAACUGGGAAGGUCAUUGUUGGUGCCAAUGAAGAAACUUCUGCUUCCCACAUCUAUGCAAUUGGAGAUCUUGCAGAGGGGCGACCAGAACUCACACCAACAGCUAUCAAAGCUGGCAAGUUACUGGCACAUCGACUUUUUGGCAACUCUACUGAAUUGAUGGACUAUGACAACGUCGCAACAACAGUUUUCACACCAUUGGAGUAUGGCUGCGUGGGCCUGUCUGAGGAAGAGGCAGUACAACGACAUGGUGAAGACAAUAUAGAGGUUUAUCAUGCGUAUUACAAGCCACUGGAAUUUACAGUAGCUGAACGGGAUGCUACCCAGUGCUAUAUCAAGAUGGUUUGCUUACGUGAAGGUGACCAGCGUAUUCUCGGGCUUCAUUUCAUUGGACCAAAUGCUGGAGAGGUCGUUCAAGGAUUUGCACUGGGAAUAAAAUGCAAUGCUACAUACUCUCAGCUGUCAUCUACCGUAGGCAUCCAUCCAACCUGUGCAGAAGAUGUGAAUAAAUUAAACAUCACCAAGCGCUCGGGUCUGGAUCCAACAGUCACAGCCUGCUGAGGUUAAAUGUCAUCCCUGAACCAACUGGCACACCACAAACUCUAUGACCCUUGAGUAAUAUCAGUCUUAAGAAAAGUACAUGUUAAGUAAUGCGAUCAAAAUGAUAUCCUGUUAAUUUUUUUACACUGUUUUGGAGUCCACUGAGUGAGUCUGAUCAUGAAAGUAGAAUCCAAUUCCUAAAUCAGCCAGCAGAGGGGGAUAUUUGAUUACUGAAGGUAGAUGUAAGUAAUAUUGUCCCUUGAUUAUCUAGAAUGGAAAGCAUUUGUAAGUCAUUAUUGCAAAGCGGUGGGAUGCCGGUUGUAUUUGUUUUAGGCAUAAUUGUAGAAGUCUCUGGGACUGCUUUACUGCAAUCAUGUACUGGUCCACCCUCUCAAAACCAGCUGAACAUCUUUAGAAUUUCAUGGACUUUUUUAAUAGUAAAAUAAACAUACCUAACAUAGUUUGGCUAGGUGCUGAGUAUUACUAAACUUACCUAUUCUGCUGCUCGUGCAUCGAUCUAUUCCCAUGCUCCAAGCAGCCUUAAACCCAUCAGCCCAAAUUGGCCCAAACUGCCAAUAUGCCCAACCCAAAAUUUGGCGACAUCCAAGACCUGAUGUGGCCUUGGUCCUGUGUUUGCCAGUUUUAAGAGAGUGCACUUGUACUUCAGUUCUAUGCCAGAGGUUUUCAAAAAGUGUUGAAUAUGCAUUUUUAUCUUGUGCUGUGAUGGAUUUCGAGUUCAUAAACGAGAGUUGAUGGUGUGCUGUUCGGGAUGACUGGCGAUGAGAGUUUAAGUGGUUUGACUUUUGCUGUUAACUGACCUGACUAGUACAUAUUUUGUAUAUUUAAAUGUAUAUAUGAUAUAGUAGUCAGGGUGCAUAUGUGCCAGUUAAUGAUGACUUGUUUAUAAACCCAUAAUAUGGGAUAGACUGGUCUGAUACUGAUUGGCAUUAAAAUAUAUCGAGAAAACUUGAAAUAAAGUGAUAUUACAGUUC